GGUAUCGCAUUCUUUUGUGAAAAUUGUUACAUUCUGGCAGCGCAAAAGUGUUCCACUUUCUACCCUCUAUAAAAUGAUGGUGUGGCAAUGUCACACCGCAAAACAGCUGAUUUUGAUUGUUUAUUAUUUUUUCACAAGAACGCUGAAAAAAAUUUAAGCCGAAAAAACGAUGAAAUGGAAGCAGUAAUUGGAUUGAGUGAAUUAUUAGACGAAUUGCUAGAUUCGUCUUCAUCAUCGGAAGAAGAGAUUGAGGCGGUUCUUUUAAGAAGAAACCCUUAUCCACGCGUGCAAGACUUCAUAGUAAAUGUUGUUCACUCCUACACCGAGUUGGAGUUCAAAACAAACUUCCGCAUUACCCGCGGCAGUGCAGAAUAUCUCGUGGCAAGGUAUUCCUCUAGCAGAUGGUAUGUAAAAAGGAGCUACAAGGGAGGCAGACUGCAAUCUACAGCGGAAACUCAUAUGCUUUCUUUUUUGUGGAA